UUUAAACAAUUUUAAAAAGAAAUCUCGUCAAAUUUCUGUUUUUUAGUUUUGGAUAACCACAAAUAUGGCUAGCACGUCUAGAUCUUACCGGAAUAGUCAAAGAGCUUCGCAAUCUCAAAAUCGAGAACAGCAGAGAGUGGGCGAAGAAGUUAAGAGUAUAGUGAAAUUUAUUUUGGAUCAUUCUGCUGAAAAAGUGGCUAUCAAAGAGAAGGACAUGCACGUUGUAGCUGGGGGCAAGGAUAUGCUAAGGCAACACCUUCCUCUUGUGGUAGAGGAGCUGAAACGGCGAUUUGGCAUUGCGUUCCGAUUAUUGGAUACUUCUACUCCACAAAACAAAGUCUACAUUUGCGUGGCCACUUCGCCCAUGGUGUCCAUAUAUGAGCUGACGGAAUCACAGCGUCCCCAAUUUACUCUACUGCUCAUUAUUUUGCUUUACAUAUUUCUGCGUGACAAUAGGAUUGAGGAUCAGAAAUUAUAUGAAAUGUUAGCCUUACUAAACAUUCGAUUGGAUGAGGAACAUGGAUACUUUGGCAAUGAUCUAAAGAAGCUAAUUGAGGAGACAUUUGUGCGUCAGCAUUAUCUAAAGCGAGAGCGUUCAGAGUUGAGUGCAUAUGAUGAUCCCAAGGUGUACUUUCAAUGGGGUCUCCGGGCCAAGGCGGAGUUUUCGUAUCCGCAAAUGAUACAGUUUGCCUCGAAGCUGUUCCAACAGGAUCCUAAAUAUAUUGAGCAACGUUUAAAGGCGACCCAAAGUCAACAAGAACAAGCUGAGCAGUAAAUAUAUUAUAAUUUAUAAACACCUUUAAAUGUAAAUAGAAGGCAUUUUCUGUUUUUAAUGUUUUAAUAUAUCCUUCUUUGUAAAAUCA